AUGCAAGCAGCUACGGUAGAUUUACCAGUAUUCACUGCCUCAUCCAGGAAUUCGAUAAAUUGCCGGCUAACUGAAAACGAAAGCCAAGCCAAAGCCGGCCAACUCCGCAAGCACUUCUCACAGAAAUUCGACUUUUGGACGUGCGCUAACAAGGAGGUGGCACUUGUGGACUUGAGAGUGCACUGCCAUAACUGCCAGAAAACGCUGCCAAGCCUUGAGGAGUUGAUCCGGCACACCAUCGGGGAGGCACAUAUCGAAAAGGUAUACGCGAACGGCGGCUACCUCACCGACGAAGACUUCGAUUUUUGGUACGAGGUGUUGGAGGAGUACAGGCUA